GCGAUCUCACUUGUGCUCCGUCCUCCCCCCACGCCCAUUCGGUCUUCGCACCCCAGAUACUUUCCCAACAUGUCGAUUAUGGAAUAUAACGGUGGCUCCGUGAUCGCCAUGGUGGGCAAGGAGUGUGUCGCCAUUGCCUCCGAUCUGCGGCUAGGAAACCAGGCGUUGGGUAUCUCAUCCAACUUCCAGAAGAUCUUCCCCAUGAGCGACCGGAUAUACUUGGGCCUCCCCGGACUUGCGACAGAUGUAACAACAUUGAAGGAGGUCUUCCGAUACCGGGUAAACAUGUACACCAUCAAGGAGGAGCGCGAAAUCGAGCCCGAGACGUUCGCGCACCUCGUCUCCUCAACACUCUACGAGAAGCGCUUCGGGCCGUACUUCAUCGAGCCCGUCAUGGCCGGGCUCGAGAAGACGCCGUCGGGCGCGUACAAGCCCUUCAUCGCCGCGACGGACCUCAUCGGCUGCCUCAACUUCGCGAAGGACUUCGUCGUCGCGGGCACCGCGAGCACGAAGCUGUACGGUGUGGCGGAGGGUCUGUGGGAGCCGGACUUGGAGCCGGAGGACCUGUUCGAGACGUGCGCGCAGACGCUGCUCAAUGCGGUCGACCGGGAUGCGUAUUCGGGUUGGGGCGCGGAGGUGCAUCUGAUCACCAAGGACAAGGUGAUCAAGCGCACGCUGAAGGGAAGGAUGGACUAGGCUCAUAUUGUGUUUGUACAUCAUUGGCAUCUCAUUUCAUACUCGUCUGCAUCCGUCGUGCACGCUGAUCUGCUCAAGUCCGCCGCGCGCGCAAUGGGAACUACCUUGAUCACC